CGACUUGUUCCUCAGAAGAUUCAAUAAUAUCGAACUUCUUGAAGAACGUUAAAGAAUGAAUCAUUCAACGUCGUCGUCGGAGGUAGAAGGGACUGAAACAAUCCCUUUUGGCCGGAGACUGCAAAGAGGAGGGCAGAGAGUUUUCGCUCCAAAGCUUUUGGAGGCUCUUCGUCGAUCAAGAAGAAGCACGGAAGAUCCGGCGAGACAUCUUAGUCGCAGAUGGAGAGCCACGGCAGCGCAGAAGGUUUAUUCCUUAAGACUCUAUUAUGCUCUCCGGCGUUCUCGGCGGAGCGCAACGGUUCGGGACACGGCCGACAAAGUGCUCGCGGCAACGGCUCGUGGAACGACUUGGUGGAGCCGAGCCAUAUUGGUGAGCCGGUACGGGAGGAGUCUGCGCCUGCACAAGCAUUCAAAGCCGGCUUCGGCGGUUAGGAGAGGUGGAGGGAGGAGGAGGAAGUUGUCGGUGGUGGGAUAUCGUGUCCGGGCGUUAGGUGGGUUGGUGCCGGGUUGCCGGAGAACGGCGUUACCAGAGCUUUUAAACGAGACGGCGGAUUACAUAGUGAUGUAG